AUCGAGCAGAGCAGGGGUGUGAGAAAGUGGAAAUUUGUGGAAGGAUAUAAGCACGCAGAUGUCGAAGAGGUGAUUUUUUUAAGUAGCAGGCGGUGUAUAGGUAGACCUGUAUUUGAUCGUUUUUGUUCGUUGUACCUCUUAGAUUUUUUGGAAUUGGAAUUUAUUAGACAUCGGUUUCAGUAAUAGUUAAAGACUUCUCAAAAAAAUGACGUCGUCGGUGAUGGUGAACGCGGGAUUUCCGCGUACCAUCACGAGCGCAGCAGGCGUCAUUGCGCAGUUAGAAGAGACAGAUAAACUCUUAAAAACCGAAGCUUUGACGCAAUUAAACGCAGUUCUCGAUCAUUUCUGGGCAGAAGUAGCGGAAAAUUUAGAGCAAAUCGAGCUUUUAGCAGAGGAUGAAACCUUCCCAGGAAGAAAAAUGGCGAACUUGGUAUUGUGAAGUUGCUUUUUGGCAGCAUUCUUCAAGCUUUCUUAGCAUGGGUUUCAAUCUUUGGUUUUCUUGGCAUGGGUUUCUUCCAUCUUUAUCUUUCUUAGCAUGAAAGGUGGACGUGGAGGAACAUCAAGAAAUCCUCUUACCAUCCAUCUUCGAAGCAGGAAUCCUCUUACCAACAUUGAUCUCACAAUCUUCAUCUCAAAACAGGUCCUCUCGAAAGUUUCUUAUCACUUGGAAUUAUACGACCAAGCGCUGAAUUACGCCUUAGGAGCUGAGGAACUUUUCAAGUUGUCGGAUCGAACGGAAUUCGUGGAGAAGAUCGUUACGCAAUGUAUCGAUAAGUACAUCACUCACAAAAACGCCUUGGAUCAGAAGCAGCAGACGGGUGGCGAAGCGGGUGGAGAUGUAGAUGGUAAGGCAUUUUUGGAGGAAGCUAUUUUCAAUCAUUUUGUUUAUAGGGAAGCAGGAGGAAUGUAAGUAGAAGAGAUGGUAGUGGUACAGAAUUGGAAUUUAUAUUCCUAUAGCUUCAGCACAAGCUUGUUUAAUCUUCUUCAUUGAAGUGUGUUCAAGAACCUCGUUGACGAAAAAGCUUGAGCCAGUGAUGAAACGCCCUCUCUACGAUGUCCAGGAUCUGUCUGCCUCGAUGCGCGUUUACUGGACAUUGUUGAGCGCAUGUUUGCGCGCUGCAAGAAGGAGCAGGAAUGGUACCACGGCUUAGGAAUUGCGAUUGAGUGCAAGCGGUUAGACAAAGUCGAAGAUUUCGUCUUGUCAAGUCCUUUCCUCUUUGACAUGAUCGAUUACUGCCAGAAGAACUUGCGGAAUCCGGCAGUGGGGUCAAGAGAGUUCCGCAUGCAGCUAGUCAAGCUGCUAAUCGAUAUUUACAAGAAACAAGGUACUUUUUCAGCUAGUCAAGCUCCUCAUUGACAUUAAAGAGAAACAAGGUACUUUUACUUAAAGAACUUUGCCUAGUAGUUUGCAAAGAUCUGAGGCUUACGCUGAGAUUCAGAUCGUAGUUUGAGAUCUUGAACUUCCUCUAUCUACUUUGGUGAUUCAAACACCGUCCAGGUGUCACCGUACCCUCACCCUCCUCAACAGGUCUUAACUCUUCAACCUCCUCAACAGGUCUUAACUCUUCAUCCUCGUCCCAGCAGUCGAGCAGUGGGAAUAA